AAUACUUAAAGUUUUUAAAUGUUUCUGCGUCCUUGAAUAAGAGUGUCCUAUUAAUCAAAGGUUAACCACUUUUCUUUCAUUAAAAGACCAGAAAAUAUUAAGCCAAACUUUUUCUCCGAAAACAAUCGAAAUACCAAUUUCUUUUCAAUUAUAAAAUGUAUUUAAGGAAUUCAUUAAUUGACUUCAAUAUUAUAGCCACCACUGUUUCCAAAACAAACCCUUGUCUGUGUUGAUUUUUUUUGUUUAAUGUAUUUUUAUUAAUUAAUGCGGGCGCUCAAUUAUAAAUUCGGCUGAAUUUCAAUAAAACUGUUUGCCUGCGCCGCUGUGUUUCUUUUCGCGUAUUGUGGAUUGGAAGAUCGCAGUCGGAUUAAGUCGGUCAAUCGAGUAAGACCUAUUCAGAUGGCGUAUUGGAAGAGAUUUUUUCUGUGGAUCACACUUUGCCUGCUGUCGACCAGAUUUCAUGUGAAGGGGCAGGGCCAGUGGGAAUUCCCCAAUGAAAAUCCAAAUCCUGAGCCGGAUACAACCAGGUGGGGCUUCAACAACUACAAUAGCUACGGCUACAACGGUCAGUGGCCGCCGGGUUACUUUAACAACUACGGUUAUUAUAGACCACCACCGCCACCACCUCCACCGCCUUGCGGAAGCCCACCACCAGGACCACCGCCACCGGGACCACGUCCACCUGGUCCGCCACCCGGUUGCCCUGGAGGACCUCCUCCUCCACCACCACCUCGUCAAUGGGAAAACGGCUCCAGACAAUGGAGACCCCGUCGACCACCGCCAGACUAUCACCGGAACUUCCACAAUAUCUUUCUUAACAUGGAACGCAAAGUGGAUGAGGAGAACUACAACAAAACCGCGGAGACGGAGGACUUGCACGAUGAUUUCAAUGGACGAUCGAUUGUGGCACCUGGACAGUACCCACACAUGGCCGCUCUGGGAUACCGGAAUACCAACAACGAGAUCGACUACAAAUGCGGAGGCAGCCUGAUCAGUGAGAGCUUUGUGCUAACCGCCGCUCAUUGUUUGGCCACUCAUGGUACCGCUCCCGAAAUGGUAAAAAUCGGAGACAUUAAACUCAAAGAAUGGGAGGACGAUGUGGCUCCCCAAAAACGACGUGUUGCCCAGAUCCAUCUGCAUCCUCUAUAUAACUCGACUCUUAACUAUCAUGACAUUGGACUUAUUCAGUUAAAUCGUCCAGUGGAAUUCACCUGGUUUGUAAAACCAGUGCGUAUUUGGCCCAAAAAUGAUAUUCCUUAUGGCAAGGUUCAUACCAUGGGAUAUGGAUCUACAGCAUUUGCCCAGCCACAAACCAAUAUCCUUACAGAACUAGAUCUUUCGGUGGUGCCAACAGCGGAGUGCAACUCCAGUCUGCCUAUAGAUGAUGAGUCUCCACAGGGUAUACUCAAUAGUCAAAUAUGCGCUCAUGACUAUGAGAAGAAUCGAGAUACUUGUCAGGGUGACUCUGGAGGACCUCUUCAGUUAAAUUUGGAGCGUAAGCGACGCCGAAAUAGAAGUCGAAGGCGUUACCGCUACUACCUCGUGGGCAUUACUUCUUACGGAGCCUAUUGUCGCAGUGAAUUACCAGGUGUCUACACACGCGUAUCAUCCUAUCUCGACUGGAUAGCAUCGAUUGUGUGGCCCAAUUAUUAUAGCGAGUUUGCUAAUAAAACAACUUAGUCAGUAAUAAAAUUUUGCAAUCAGAAAAAACA